UUAUAUCUAAAUACGAAAUUAGUUGUUCUGGAAACUGAAAUUAAUAAAUAUAAAAAUUACAUUUUAUUAUUACAAACAAUGAAACCAGUUUUUCUCUAUAAUAGUCAACACAGCUGUCUUUGAAUCCACUCCGUGGAAUUAAUUGUGGUGUAAAACGAACUUUGUAUUCAUAGUCUAUCUGGAAAUAACACUUCACUAUAUGCAUUAAGUUCAGAAUAAAUCGCAAUUGUGGCAAAAUGCUUACCCACCGCAUACAACAGUAUCAAAGCGCAACAAAUGAGACAGUCGUUACGCCAACUAAGUAUGGAAAAAUUAAGGGCAUUAAGCGUAAGUCAAUUUACAAUCAUAAUUUUUACGCUUUCGAGGGUGUACCGUAUGCCAAACCUCCAAUCGGUGAAUUACGCUUUCGAGCGCCACAACCGCCUGAACCCUGGACGGGUGUGCGUGAUUGUACCAGCAUGGGUAAUAUACCGUUACAGAGACAUUUUGUGCUCGGUAUCACGCAUGGCACCGAGGAUUGUUUGUAUUUGAAUGUAUAUGCAAAACAGUUGAAGAGCGACCAGCCCCUACCGGUAAUGGUAUGGAUCUACGGAGGUGGCUUUACGAUUGGUGAAGCUUCUCGUGAUAUUUAUGCGCCUGAUUAUUUCAUGGAGAGAGACGUUGUUCUAGUCACAUUAAAUUACAGAGUGGGUGCUUUAGGUUUCCUAUCACUAAAUGAUCCCGAACUCAAUGUGCCUGGAAAUGCCGGCUUGAAGGAUCAGUUACUUGCGCUGCGUUGGGUGCAAGAGAAUAUAGCCAAUUUCAACGGUGAUCCGAAUAAUAUAACUCUGUUUGGAGAAAGUGCUGGUGCCGCUUCCAUACACUUUCUUAUGCUUGCACCAAAAGCGCAAGGAGUUUUCCACAAAGCCAUAUUACAAUCGGGUACUGCGAUUUCUUGUUGGGCUGAACAGGAACCGGCAAAUAGGGCAUAUUGGCUCGCAGUGGAACUCGGAUAUCGGGGCGAAAAUAUUGAUAAAGAAGUGCUAAAUUUUCUCAGGAAAGUCAGCGGCUCAAAAAUAAUUAAAGUUCGCAACGAAUUGCGACAGCCGCAUGAAAAAGAAGAACGAAUUUAUUUUCCUUUCACACCGGUGGUAGAACCUUAUGAAAGCGAAGAUGGGCUGCUAGUAAAGCCUUUCAUAAAAUUACUGGCUACAGCGUGGGGUAAUGAAAUUCCAAUAGUGAUAGGCUCCACUGCGGAUGAGGGACUCCUACAUUACCCUGAGACCGUUAAUUGCCCGAAUUUGGUAAGUGAACUGGACGAUUGUGUGGCGGUUUUGCCGAAAGCAUUAAAAACGGAGUAUGACGUGGAAAAACUUAAAGAGUGCGCACUAAAAAUUAAGAGAGCACAUUUCGGUGACACACAACCGCACUACAAUCAAACACUCACACAAUAUAUAGAGCUGUUAAGCUACAGACACAUGUUGAGUGAUAUAUAUCGCAUAAUCUUGGCGAGAGCCGCAUAUGCAUCGAAUAUGCCCACAUAUCUAUACCGUUUUGCCUUCGAUUCACCACAUUUCAAUCAUUUUCGCAUACUCAAAUGCGGAAAGUCAGUGCGUGGUGCGUGCCAUGGUGAUGAUAUCUCUUAUUUCUUCUACAACAUCAACGCCGAAAAACUGCCGGUCGAUAGCCACGAAUACCUGACUAUCCAACGUAUGAUUGGUAUGUGGACGGCGUUUGCUGCGACGGGCAAUCCCAAUUGUAAGGAAAUCGAAACGGUUCAAUGGCUGCCGGUUGAUGAGAAGGAGGCCGAGAAUGCCAUGCCGAAAUGCUUAAAUAUUGGCCAAGAGGUGGAGUUUAUUAGUACUCCAUUCGAUAAACUUAAAAUCUGGAGUAGUCUUUACAACAGCAAUAAUAUAUUUUAGAUAACAUUUAUGCAGUUAAUUACGAUUUUUUUAUUUUUCAUAAUGGCAAGUGCAACUCGAAUAGUUUAGAAAAAAUUUUAGUUACUAAACAAAUAUGUAUUCAAUCGUUUUCCUGAAUAUUUUUUAGUUGUACUGAUAUUUUAGUCGGGUUCGUUUCACAAGCUGCUAUCUAGCAUAUCACAGUGCUGAUCCGGGGGAAAAAAUAAUUCAAAAUGAAUGUGUAUUGGAAAUAAUUAAAGGCUAAAGACCAACGAGUA